UUUAGUAACCACUAUUUCUUGAAGAUGACCUUGUCGGUUAGAAUUGAAAAACAAAGGAUUUUCAAGCCUUAUUUGGGUGGGUGGCAACAUAAAAUUACCGGAGUAAAAUAUGUAAAUGCGGCUUCUCAAACCGGACCUUUGUCAAAGCGAGGUCUACGGAAGAAUACAUGCUGCAGAGCGGUACAAUGUGUACAAACGAACGACGGAGCAACACAAUCACUGCGUCAUCGUGCGACACAAAUGUGGCGAGAUGACUAUUAUGUACCUAAUGAAGCGGAUAAAUACAUGACUGUAAAAUUUUAUGAGAGCUAUGUUGAUAUGCAGCUUAAUUUAGAUCGGCACGCAUGUGUAAUUCAAAGAAAUUACCGAGCAUAUAAAUGGAGGAAAUACAUCAAAGAAUGUGCAUAUACUUAUCGCGAAAUGCUUGAGAAAUGUAAGAAAUAUGAAGAAGAGAAAGCCAUUGCAAACAAAUUACGAUAUAAACAGAAUAUUCUUCGUCAAAUAUAUCCGCGAUCGAGAGCGGACUUUGACAUGCUUUAUGGUCUGGUCGAAAGAUGGAGAUUUGAUCGUUUAAAGGACAUAAAAUUGCGACUGUGCAAGGCAGGUCAGCGUGCUGAGAAUUACAGGAUUGUAGAAAAGACGGUAGAAAUGCUCAACCAAAUCGAUAAACAUAAACAAGCAAUCAAGAGAUCGUACCAGAAACAAAGGGCUGUCAGAUUUUUAACAGUGAAUUGCAAGCCUAUACGAUGGAGCGGUUACAAGGGCAAACUCGUAGAGAUGAUCACUAUAAAAAUUCAAAAUGCUCGAAAAUUAAAAAAAAUUUAUGAUGCACUGAACAAUUGCGACGUUAGCUCAGAAGAACGAAUGAAAUUAUUGAUAUCUCUGAAGAAGUGGGUUGAAACACACAAUUGUGUCGAGGCAUUGGAUUUAUUAUCAUUAUUGGAUCAAGAGAUUACGUUGUUAAAUCGUAAAAUUGAAGGUUUAUCGUUCGAUUAUUUAAAGGAAAGAAUAACACAUACUUAUUUGAAUUUUGUAAGAAUGUAUGGUAUUUGCGGUUGUGAAUGUAUUACUACUGAAUCUAAAGAUAACGAAUUGCGAGAGCCUUUAGAAACAGAAACCAAAUUUUGUCGGAAUUGUUUAAAGCUUCUUCCCAUUCGUAGAUUUUUAGCACAUACUAGAAUGAAAAAGCUAACAAUUUGCAGCAGCUGCAUUUCCCUAAGUCGACGUAAUAUUGCGCAUGUGGAUUACGAUCCUUACAGGUUUAUAUUAAAUUGCGUGCGUGCUGAAGAAAAACAUCGAGGCAGUACUUCUGCUUUAGCAUUUAUAAUGCAAGAGCAGGAUAUUUAUCACUUAAUUAACCAUAUUUGGCAAGGUCAAUCGGCCCUUAGUAAGACUAAAGAUCUUUUUAUUCUAAGAAUGGUCAGAUAUCAAAAGGAUAUCGAAUGGGCGCCUUGGAAUUGUAUUCUUCUGACAAAGGACGAAGCCGACUUACAUUAUAACAUUAACGAUCUCGCUACGAUAUAUUCGGAGCAUUUAAUAAGCCAAAUUGACUUGAGACAUCUGACUGCAAAGAAUUAUUUUAAACGAUUAAUGAUUUUUGAAAAAGAAUUCCGGGAGUCUUGUCGCUUUUCAAAGAUUCAAAGUGAAGAGAUAAAGUACAAACCACCCGUAACCAUAGAGAAUUACGAUCCAUCUAAAAAAUACAAGUUAGGAUAAAAAAAUAUUUUCUGAGA